AUGCCUCCCAUCCACAACAACAACAGCAACAACAACAACAACAACAACAACAACAACAACAACAACAACAACAACAAAACGCUCUUCGCCGGCUACACGGCCCUGGUCGCGUUCGCCCUCGGCGUCGCUCCCAAGACCGCCCGCGAGUGGCGUCGCUCGCUGCAGGAGCAGCUUGGUGCGGACGUGUCGUCCAACACCAAGACCCCCAAGGCGUUCAACCUCGUGGUCGUUGGUCUUCCUCAAGAGGCAUACGGCGUCGACGUGUCGGUCGAGACCAUUGAGAACUCAAUGGCCACCUCGGCCGCCUACAUCAAGACGUACGCCCCGACCAUCGACCCCGACUCGGGCGUUGUGGUGGUGACGUACGACUUCAUCAAGCAGUCCCGCCUCCAAGGACGCGUGUUUACGGCAGCCGACAACUGGGGCGGCUACCGAGUGUACUGGCCAUCGGUCCGCCACCUCUACCCCGCCCGCUUCGGCGGUACCGCGCCCGAGGCCGUCCUCCCAGCUCUCGACGUCAAGGCUGAGCAGGAGGAUGAAAAGCCCGACGUCAAGCCCGAGCCCAUCGAGCCUGUGCCCCUCCCCGGCCCCGAUCUGGAUCUGCUCGGCCCCCAGGUCGACGAGCCCGAGCCUGCCCCCGCCCCCGCCGUCCCCGUCGUGGACGCUGCCCCUGAGCCCGAUGCUCAGGAGCAGGACCACUUUGAGGGCCAAGACGAAGGUCGCGAGAUGACCCUCGCGCAGCUUCUUGCGCAGGAGGAGGAUGAGGAUUUCCGCCGUAGGGUGGAGGGCAACAGGUUGUACCGCCUGGCCCUGCUGGAAGGUGAUCGUCUCCGCAGCAUUGUCCGCACGAGGUACGACUAG